UGAGUUUCUUAGCUGUAGUGUUUGGUGGGUGGGAACUUCCUGAAAUCGUACUGUAGAGGGGAUGGGAGUGUGACACACAUAGGCUGAAUUUGUAUGAAUCCACUUGAAAGCAAAACUCAAAAAUGUCUGUAAACCUCCUGAAAAAUCCAAAUGGAGAUGAGGAUUUUGAGCACUGGGAGUUGACAAAGAAUGGUGGAGACCAAUGGCUUAUAGAAGAGAUGUCAGGAAACUGUGGACACGACUUCAUUAAUAAAUCUGUGAUUAAAUAUUUCUGGACCUCAUUUGACCUGUGUCUAAAAAGACAAGUGAUUGAUCUGCUGGAAGAAGGUUACGACCCUGAAACUUUAGAUAUUGCCCAGCCUGCGGUCACUAUAAAGGACUGGUACGGCAAUCGAUCAGACUGUGGGUUCAUUUAUAAGCUUUAUGUGGCACUGCUCGAUGAAAACCAAGAGGUCAUUGCUGAAUUUAAGCCGGAUGAUGUGACUUUUAAACCUGAUACGAGUGACUGCUCUUGGAAACAGGUGACACACACAUUUACAGAUUACGGUCCUGGUCUACGCUUCAUCUCUUUUGAACAUGGUGGUAAAGACACUAGAUAUUGGAAAGGCUGGUUUGGUGUAAGAGUCACUGGAAGUUCUGUCACCAUAGAGUAGACCUUUAAAGGCAAACCCUAUUGAGAUUAAAUAAUGUUACUGAUUGGUUAAAAUCCUCUAUCAGCACUUUGCUUUUGCAUACUAUAACUAUAAAUAACUAGUAUAGUAACAUUACAGAUACCACAGCUGAGGCUUGAAUGUAAGCAUCUAAAAAAACUAAACGCUAAAAAACCAUGCUGAAAAGCAAAUCCUGUGCUUAUUAUUAUUAUGAUUAUUUAAAAUAAUGUUCCUCUUUUAUUUUUUUAUGUCAUAAAAUAAAGCAAUAGAAAUAAUCAUCAUCUGUGCUGUGCUUUUUUAUAAGACAAUAAAUAAAAUGUAAUUCCAUUAUUAUUUUGCAUCCACACUUCUGUUUUAGUUUGUCAGUGAGGAACACAUCUAUACCGCCUCCUGCUGGUCUUUUCUAGGAAUAUUAAAAAACUUUUAGAGACCAGUGUUACGCAGUUAGUGACAGCUAAGCUCAACUCACUAUAACUUUUGCACAAUUGAUAUAUAAGGCUUUGCUUUAAUGUGUUUACUGUGAUGCAUUUGCUUCAGCUGUGCGUGUGUGUAGAGUUUCAUCAUCUGCCGCAUGAGACACGAGUCAACUGAAUGUAAACUGAGCUCAUUUAAAGCUAUGGGAUAAGUGAAAACAAACAGAAGAAAUAAAUCUCUAGUCUAAGGCUAUUAGAGUUCAUGCGAACGCGGCCAUCCGCGUGUAAUCGCGGGGAAUAGACUUGGAAAGCUGCGCGGACGCGCGUGUGCGCGCGAGCCGGACGCGGAAAAAAGGUAUAAUGCACUCUGCUUUCAUGUCUAACAUAUUUUAACACUUUUUACCCAUGAUUAUCAUGAGGAAUAAAAUAUUGAGGUGUAAAAUUUAUUUGGUUCACUCACAAGAAACCUUUAUGAAAAGUUAAGUAAAUCAUUAUUUAGCGCUUAAAAAAUUAUUUGAAUUAACCCUAACCCUUGUUUUCAGUAAAAAAAUAUCUACAAACUCUUAAAUUAAGCUGCUUUUUCUUGAUGAGCAAAACGACCCAAGAAAAUGUGUCUAG